CCAUCCUUAACCCCAACACUCAUCCCACUGGCUGGGGAAAGCAGGUGGCUUGUUCAUCUCAAGGAUCUUUUCCACUUCCCCUUCACCUACGAGGCUCGUGCGAUAACCGCUUCUUUGGAGAUAUCAUACGUUUCCUCAUCCCACCUCUAGAACUGCCCCUGUACUCUUCAGCUCCUGCAUUUUGUUGCUUGCCUGUCUCCGCCGCACCAUUUAGAAAUGCCUAUUCGCAGCCUUGAUACUUGGGCCACGUCCCAUAACAAGUCGCAGACACUCCCACUAUCUGUUCUCAAGGAUACUACUAUCGGAAUUGAAGCAGACCAUUACCUCCUCCGAUUACUUACCACCUCUCCAUCAAAGGAGCCCCUAGUUACGGCGCUAGGAGGGUUCCCUUUUGGUCUGAGAUAUGCGGUAGAAGGGGACAUAGAAGAUUUCCAGAAAGCUGGGAUUAAGCCCAUUUUCGUUUUUUCAGGCUUAAAGAUUGUGCGCAAUGAGAAACCAUUUAGUGUUAAUGAUGACGGACCGGCGAAGAGAUCGCAAGCAUGGGAUCUCUACGAUCAGGGUCUGGCAAGUGAAGCUGUGGAGGCCUUUGGUGCAGCUGGGACUCUGCAGCCACACGAGGUUUACAAAUAUUUCAUAAAGAUUCUACACGAGUGCGCAGUAGACUUUCAGGUUGCUCCUUACUCAGCAUGGCCUCAGUUAGUUUACCUCGAAAAAAACGGAUUUGUUGAUUCCAUCUGUGGGAACUCCGAACUUUUCUUCUUUGAUGUUGAGAAAGUCAUUGUACAUCUCAAUCCAGGGCAGGGCGGUUCCUUCACCUGGAUUAACAAGCAGAAGCUCAUCUCGGAUCUCCAGUUGACAAACGACAUGUUCAUCGAUUCUUGUAUGCUUGCGGGGUCCGAAAUAUGUCGUGCAUUUCCGCCCUUUGAAGGUUCUCCCCACAACGCUUUCAUGAGCUCAGUAGAAUUGCUUAAACGCUGUCGGAAUGUCGCCACUGUUGUCAGCACUCACCCGGAGCCGAUUCAGCAGUCAGGGUAUUUGGAUAGAUACCGAAAAGCCAGAGCUGCCGUAAAGCACCACGCUAUAUUCACCUCUGAUGGCAAGGCAGAGCCAUUAGAUUUUUCCGAGGCGCCUUCAGACGUACACGAAUUCAUUGGGCAAAGACUUCCUGAAGAACUCUACUAUUAUUUAUCAAAAGGGGUUAUUGGACCCCAAGUUCUAGAUAUGCUAGCGACAGGGGAGCUCAUUGAGGUUGCACCGUUCGAUAAUGGCGAUUCCGACGAAUAUAAAAAAUUCUUAGAAAAUCUAAACCCUCUACGUACACAAGCCUUGGGUUUACUGGCGCAGCCAUUGCAUAGGUUUUGGUUUAGCAAGGAGAUCAAUGUUUACUAUUGGUUUGAUAAGAACAGCCCAAGAAAAUUGAUCCAUAAAGAGGUGUCUGUCUCGCCCGCAGAGCAAACAAAGAAAUGGAAUGUCAGGGAGUCCGUUUUCAAGCCAGAAUUGGAGAGAGAUGGGAGUUCUAUAGGCCUUGCAUUUGCGAUAUCUUCUUUAAAAUCAGACUCCUUUGCCGCAAAGACGAUUGCACCAAAAGAUGAAGUAAAGCUUUUGAACACAAAGGACGAAAUCCUCAUGAACACCUAUUGGCGCGUGCUUCAACUUCGGGGUUUUAUUGACAGUGAGAACCACUCUCUUACUUCGUGGGGACGUGCUCUUGAGGCUGCCAUAUCAACACUUGACCCGAGCGACAACUUGGAUGAGCCGGUAUAUCUCGGAAUUGAGCUUCUGCACUUAGGGGUUCUCAAACCUGAUAAUUUUUCCCCUUCUCUAUCAGGUGCACCAAGCAGAGGUACAGAAGAAGAGAGGGCAUAUAUCAUGCUUAUCUCUCGCGUUGCCAGUCUUGUGCCUAUUAACCACAAGCCCAUUGGUUACACUGGCCCUCUCAGCAGAAACCUUCUUGGCUUCAAUUCCUUCAUUACAAAGCUCACGAGGACCAUGCGGAGCUUUGCUGAGAUGGCACUUGUCAAUCUAUUAAUGAAUGGUGAUGCAGACAGGGGCGAACGAACCGAUUGGGCAGAGUUAGGUCUUGGCAUCCCAUUUAUCGACGAAGUAAGCGCUGGAUUGGGAAUUGCGGCCAAAACUUACCUCGACGAGCUCUCGAACGAGACUGGCCCUAUCCCUGAGGCGACGAGACGUACUCAGAAGGAAAAACUCCCCUUGAUGUUCGCCCAGGCAGUCGAUAUUGAAGCAGAUGUUGACCUAGCCUUUAGAACCUGGGACGCGAUUAUCGCCGCAGUCAAAUCCCUCCAGAGGGAGAGCCAGCUAGCUAACGAGGUCAAGGUGUUCCUCGCAGCUGACAAAUGGUUGGCCGGAAGGAGAUAAUUUCUUUUCAUAAUAUAAUACAAUAUCCCAUGCAAUAAGGGACUCAGUAAA